AUGGCACUAUGCCAUCUUUUGAAGUUCAAAUUUUUUUCUAACGAUAGCGCUACUCGCAAUAUGUCAGCAGAAUGCGAUUCGACGCUGGUACGUGAGGCAAAAGUUCUUCACCAGGUUGAUUCUGGUCGGAAGGGUUCUGGACUUAAUAUUGAAGUCUCAACGGUGGUUGAGGAAUGGACAAGGUACUGUUUUAAAAGAAGUAAAUACGAGGGUAUUUACGAGAUACUUCUACAAAGAGCGAGCAGAUUUUAUUUCAAAUGUUCAUUCAGGAUUGACAGGUUGAAGAACAGUUGGAUUUUUCGUGGAGACAAAUUUUCUGUAUUUCCUACAAUGGUUUCAACGACAUUCGCAAUGAUCAAGCCAGAGGCUGUUGCAAUUCCACAGAUAGUUAAGGCUGUUAUUGCAGUCAUUGCUGUUAAAGAGCUUUCAGAUAUUAUAUCAGCAGUCGAAGAAGCCAAGACAGCUAGUGGAACAAGUGCUCUCAGCCAACAGGUUUCAGAGAUGUAUUGA